UGCAGUCAUGACAGUCGUCUCUUAGCCUAAUACCACUCACCAAACCCGUAGACUUUGAGCUUCAACAUGUCUUCAUCUCAACCCAGAUUGGGUCCGAACUCGGAUACGAACUUCAACGAGAACCAAUGGGUGAUCCAUAUCCGUCGAGCUCUGGAGGAAGAGCUUGAGGAAGAAACUGAAACCCCACUUAGUAUCUUCACUGUUCCCAAACCCCUCGUGGCCAUCCGUCCGGAUUCCUUCAUCCCACAACAAGUUUCUAUCGGACCCUACCAUUAUACCCGACCCGAGAUCCAUGAGAUGGAGAGGUACAAGCUUGCUGCCGCCAGGAGAAACCAGAAAGACUACCAAAACCUCAAGCUCCAAGGCCUCGUCGAUCGUCUGCUGGGAUUUGAACGCGGGAUUCGUGCUUGUUACAACAAGUACUUGAACUUCAACGGCGAGACGUUGGCCUGGAUGAUGGCCGUGGACGCGUCUUUCUUGUUUGAGUUCUUGCAAGUUUGUGCUGUCAAACAUGGCAAGGAAACGGCGACGAUUAACGUUGGUUCUUCAAGAUUGUCGUAUUUGGUCAGGUUGGCGGGGAAUAAGGCUGCACAUAAUGCAAUUCUUAGAGAUAUUUCGAUGCUUGAGAACCAAAUCCCUUUGUUUGUGCUGAGGAAACUGUUGGAACUUCAGUUUUCCUCUUCUGAGAAGGGGGAUGAGACGUUGUCCUGUAUGCUAAUCGGGCUUUGUGAAGAGCUUUCUCCAUUCAAGAUGGUUGAAGAUCUGCCAAAUGUUAGAGAUUUGGCUCAUUUGCUUGAUGUUUUGUACCAUUUCUGUGUGCCAAAAUUGGAAGGAUAUUCUUACAUGACUACAGGAUCAGUUCAAGAAGUAGUCCAACUUGAGGAAGAAGAUCGUGGUGCUGAUGAACAUCAAGCAACAUCAGAUGAUGAUCAUGACGAGAAAGAACAUAAGGUAUGCACCAAAGUUUUGAAUUUCGAUGCACCAUUGAACUUCAUCAAGAAGAUUGUAUUCUCUAAGCCAAUGAAGGUGAUUGUGAAAUUGCCUUGGAUAAUUCUUUCCAGUCUACCUAUGUUGAAACUCAUAAAAGAACCCGUGGAGAACUUCUUCACCUCCUUAGAUGAAGAUCAGGAGUCCAAUGAAGAUAAGAGUACUCAGAAUAGCAUCAUAAACAAGCCCCCAUUGCUAGAAGAAAUCAAAAUCCCUUCUGUAACCGAGCUCACUGAAGCUGGGGUACAUUUUGAGGCGACAGAAGGAGGCAUCUCAACCAUUACUUUCGACAACAAAAAUGUCGUUCUCUAUCUCCCAACCAUUAGUCUAGACAUCAACUCUGAGGUCGUGUUGCGAAACUUGGUUGCAUACGAGGCUUGCAACGUGUCAGGGCCGUUGGUUUUGGCUCGAUAUGUUGAGUUAAUGAACGGGAUUAUUGACACAGAGGAGGAUGCCAAGUUUCUUCGCGAAAGAGGGAUCAUAAAGAACCGUUUGAAGAGUGAUGAGGAGGUGGCUAAUCUUUGGAAUGGGAUGAGCAAGUCUAUUAGAUUGACUAAAGUGCCCUACUUGGACAAGGUGAUUGAAGAUGUGAACAAGUAUCAUAGUGGGAUGUGGAAGGUUAAAUGUGAGAACUGCAUGAAGAAAUAUGUGUUUAGGUCAUGGAGGUUUCUAACAUUUCUUGCUGCUCUCUUGAUGUUGUUGCUCUUGGCUUUACAAGCCUUUUGCUCUGUGUAUAACUGUGCUCGUGUUGUGCCUGUCAAGAACCUCGGUUGAUUGGUCGUAUGUAUGUACUCUGUUACUUUCUUGAUGUUGAAUAUUGUAAUUGCAAUGCUUCUCGUCUCCUAAUCAGCUACUUCUCUCAAAACCUCGUA